AUGCCUGCCUCCCGCUCCCCCUCUCCAGAGAACGACGUCUUUGGCAUAUCUACCGCCCUCAUUCCCGAGGGCGACAACAAGAAGCCCGCAACAACAAGUCUGACCUUUGACAACCUGCUCCCCUCCACCAGAUCCCUCAUCCUCCACGAAGAUCUGCAAGAAGGAUGUGGCGGCCAACUCUGGCCCGCCGGUAUGGUCCUAUCAAAAUACAUGCUGAGAUACCACAGGGCUGGGUCGCUGCGAGGAAAGUCUGUCGUGGAGAUCGGUGCAGGUGGCGGGUUGGUGGGGCUCGCAGUCGCACUGGGGUGUGAACUCGACAGCGACCAGAAGAUCUACAUCACGGACCAGAUACCGAUGCUGGCGCUGAUGAGGAAGAAUAUCACACUCAACAAACUAGAAGACAAGGUUGUCGCAGAGGUCUACGACUGGGGCACCGCGCCUCCUCCCACCAUCUUGUCCUCUCGCACCCAACAUCAGCACCCCGACGUCGUCCUCGCGGCAGACUGCGUCUAUUUUGAACCUACUUUCCCGCUUUUACUCCAGACCCUGAACGAUCUCAUCGGCCCCGAAACGACCUGCUACUUCUGCUUCAAGAAGAGACGGAAAGCCGACAUGCGGUUCAUCCGUGACAUGACGAAAAGUUUCCAAGCUGAAUAUAUCGAGUACGAUGGCAAGGAAGCGGAUCAGAAAGAAGGCAUAUUCCUCUACGCUGUGAGACGAAAGAGUAAAGAUCAAAGACAAUGA